CCGCCACCCCCUGCCUCCCGGCGCUCGCACCCCGCCUCCGCCCCCCGGAGCCCGCCGGCCACCGCUGCCAAGCCGCUGCUGCGCUGGGACGAGGUGCCCGACGACUUCGUGGAGUGCUUCAUCCUGUCUGGCUACCGGCGGCUGCCGUGCACCGCGCAGGAGUGCCUGGCCUCGGUGCUGAAGCCCACCAACGAGACGCUCAACUUCUGGACGCACUUCAUCCCGCUGCUGCUGUUCCUCAGCAAGUUCUGUCGCCUGUUCUUUCUGGGCGGCAGCGACGUGCCCUUCCACCACCCCUGGCUGCUGCCGCUGUGGUGCUAUGCUUCGGGAGUGCUGCUGACCUUCGCCAUGAGCUGCACGGCGCACGUGUUCAGCUGCCUGUCGCUGCGCCUGCGCGCCGCCUUCUUCUACCUGGACUACGCUUCCAUCAGCUACUACGGCUUUGGCAGCACCGUGGCCUACUACUACUACCUGCUGCCCAGCCUGAGCCUGCUGGACGCCAGGGUCAUGACCCCGUAUGUGCAGCAGCGCCUGGGCUGGCACGUGGACUGCACCCUCCUCAUCGCCGUCUACCGCGCCCUCGUGCUGCCCGUGGCCUUCGUGCUGGCCGUGGCCUGCACCGUGGCCUGCUGCAAGAGCCGCACUGACUGGUGCUCCUACCCCUUCGCCCUGCGCACCUUCGUCUUCGUCAUGCCGCUCAGCAUGGCCUGCCCCAUUAUGCUGGAGAGCUGGCUCUUCGACCUGCGAGGCGAGAACCCCACGCUGUUCGUGCACUUCUACCGCCGCUACUUCUGGCUGGUGGUGGCCGCCUUCUUCAACGUCAGCAAGAUCCCUGAGCGUAUCCAGCCGGGUCUCUUCGACAUCAUCGGCCACAGCCACCAACUCUUCCACAUCUUCACCUUCCUCAGCAUCUAUGACCAGGUGUACUAUGUGGAAGAGGGCCUGCGCCAGUUCCUCCAGGCGUCCCCUGCCGCGCCCACCUUCUCCGGCACGGUGGGCUACAUGCUGCUGCUGGUGGUUUGCCUGGGGCUGGUCAUCAGAAAGUUCCUGAACAGCUCGGAAUUCUGCAGUAAAAAGUGAGCCUCCACCCGGGAGGAGGCUAUGGUUUGCCCACCUGUUUGCGUGGAGUUUCUGUUGUUACUGUUGGUUUGUUUUCAAGUUUUGUUGUUUCCUUUGCUAGAGGAGGGUGCUGUAGACCAUAAGGAAAAGGUCUGGGCUAGUUGGGGACCCCCAGUCCACUGGCUUUGGAAGAGGAGACUGGGGAUGAAGAGGAAGGAAAGGGGCCCUCUGGGACGAAAAUUAGGUAUUGUCUAUGAUAUCCAGGGAUUUUGCAAAGACACUGAAGAAAAUCACAGAACCCCAAGCAGCUGGCUUUCCUAACAGUCUUCUGUGUCCCUUAGUGAAUCCAGGCAGGUAUGCAGUAAAGAGGAAAAACACAAAUCCCUGGCUGCCCCCACCGCAGUCUAGAAAUGCCUGGAUUUGUCAAAAGAAUGGACCUUUCUGUGUUGAGAAAUGGGCACAAAGACACAAACCCAGGGCUUAACCCGCUAGACAAUGCAUGGAAUGUGAACAUAAGUUAAUUAUUUCAAAAUGUUUAUCAGAUGUUAUUUAAGUAAUAAUAUAUACAAUGAUCUUUUUUUUCAUAAUUUAUCAAAGCCCAUGAGACGCGCUGAGUUUUCUCCGUCACGCAGUUCUGGUUUUGCAGCCUUCUACAUCGCACUUGUGAGCUGGACAUCAGGACAAGCUGCUUAAGCGCUCGACCACAUUUUUAAACAGUGUUUUCUGAAGGCCCGUGAGUGUCGUGGUAAAGCCGAAUGACUACUUAGGGACCCUGCUUAGACUAUUGGUGAGGCCCCAGUGGUUUGUAUAGGUCUCCAAUUCCUACUUACUUUAAUGUAGUCCACAAAACCCACCCUGGGUUUUGGUUUUUAUUUAUUUUUUUUAUCUCUUAAUCUGAUUCUUUCCUCUCUAUUUAUUUAAGUUGCCACUAAAAUAAAUGUGCCUUUUGAAGCAAUGCCCAAA